GAUGCCACCUAUUUGGACCGUUCCACUCCGUGUUUGGGGGACGCCGCCCACAGUGCUGAAUGAAGAUAUACUGUUUGAUCGGCGAUGUAGUGGUCUCAUCCAUGGACCAUCGCGCAAAACAUGGCCGCUUCGCAAUGGAUGGAAGGCUAGAGCGAGGAGAAAUGAAAUGAUUUCGCUUCGGUGGUGUUGUUCUUGGUUUCAGCGGCGGAAAGAAACAGUCCGGAGGCAUGUCUGCUUUGAAGGAGAGCACCAAUGGGGAGGAAAAUGACAACUCCAUGUCAGGAAUCUCGGAGACUCUAAUGAGCGACCAGACAUUCUCUCUUGGAGGAAGUGUAUUAGAACCAUCAAUGCAGUGCUCACGUGAUAACAUGACCCCGAACAAUGACCAAGCAGAUCUCCUGACGCACGUUCGUUUUAUUGAGUCCAUCUGUGCCGAUGGGCCAGCCAAAGCUGCCUACGUAAAUGGAUCAAGUUCACCCAAUAUUUCAGAUGAAAUUCUGUUAGAUAUCUCCAAAAAUGUUCCAGGAUUCCUCCCCAAGUCGUUGCACGCACAAAACUCUACUGUCGCAACCAGCGUCCAAUUUGAAGAAUGUGAUCCACUUAGGAAGGACGGGGAAAUGACGAUAAGACAGAUGUUAACCGCUGAAGAUGUUGAAAAUCGGGGCAUAUGGGGCUUCGACGAAGAGUCUCCAGAGAACUCGUUGGACUGUUAUGACGUUGAGAAUGAUCUGAGCUGGAAUCCCCAGAAAGAGUUCAUGAAGUUCCUGCUGGAGGAUCAUGAUCGUUCUGAAACGGAGGAGAAAACACCCACCGCCUCACCGACUGUUAGCCAUAGAAGGAGGAAGCGUAAAAUGGACAUGGUGGUGAUGGUCGAUCCUUCAGAAGAGCUCUACACAGACUUGAACUUGAAUUCAAAGAACGAUCACUUGGGUGAAGGCAGCCAUAUAGACCACGGCUCUACCAAUAAGGGAGAUUCUCCCUGGAAACGACCCAGGUCUCAUUCGCCGGUAUCUAAAAACUCACAGUACUCAAAUGGAACUGCAGUGGCCUUUAAACAUGUUCUCCCUAAACCAGCAAAAAAUAGGAAGAAUCAAAAGCUGCGAUUUAUUAAAGAUAAUCUGUUAGCAGACCCUAGCUCAGAGGAACCUGUGUUUUUUCCAAGCAAUAGCAAGUUUAAAGAAAAAUCUCAUUCACAGAGGCACACGAAAAACCAUUCAUAUAUUCCAGAUCAAAAGCCAUUCAUAUGCAAAGAGUGUGGAUUGUCGUUUUUUGAUCACAACUCACUUUUAAGACACAUAACUGUUCACAAGAAGAAGAGACAGAAGAUCAAGGGGACAGAUGGACCUAAAGACGAGGGCAAAGAUGCAAGGUUACAGUGUCCGCAGUGCACAUUUGGAACCAACUGCCCUAACACUUUCGUCCAGCAUGCAAAAAGCCAUGAGAAGGACAAGCGCUACUAUCGCUGUCAAAAGUGUAGCUUCGUGGCAAUGAAUGAAAUUGAGAUGAAGGGUCAUAUGCUUUGCAAGCACUGUAUCACUGAUGCUCAGUACAUGACGAUGGGGAAGCAAGAGGGGUUCCAGGAACAGAAAAUUGGUGCAUCUGAUAGUAAUGCUGCAACUUCAUAUCCAGUCUCAUUCUCCUGUAAAUUGUGUUCUUUCAAAACGAAGAACAAGAACAUCCUUAGGAAUCAUUUCGAGAUGUUACAUCCUCACAUUUUUGCCGAAGAUUUGGAAGAAGACAUACAUUUCACAUACAGUUCAGAAAGUAUUGACCAUGUUUCAUCUCCGUGCAAGUUGCCCAGUGUAGGUUCACAAUCACCGGGUAGAAAAACCCAGCAACUCCCGUCUGAGGACUCGAGGAAGAAAGAGAGCCCCAGGUCGAACGAUGUACCCAGUCUAGUACGAUCAGAGAAAACAAAACGAAAGGACACGGCAAAUGAUAAAUCGCCCAAAAAGACGUCUAGACUUGACAAGUCGAUUAACACGCUUCUAUCCCGGAAAAGACGAAGGACCUCAGAAAAUGACACUAAUCAAAAAACUGACAGAAAGAACGAUAAGAGCCUGGAUGUUGGCAAAUGCGGCAGUGACAAUUCACUGUCUGGAAAGGACGGGCCUAAAUCCUCUUCCAAGUGCAAGGGGGAACUGUUUGCACUUAAGGAGAGGGGCUCAGCAAGCACUUUGAAAUGUGAUGGUGGAACGUGCCAAGAAGUCAGCAAUAACAAAGACGGUUCCCGAGAAGAGAAGUUGAGCUCCAAGUACAGACAUUUAACUUUGGUCAAGGCUUCUUUAAAGAAGUCUCCUUCCAAAAGGAAAAUGUCCACUCCAUUUCAUAACAUGCGAGGGCAAGACAUACUUAUUGACUUUCCCAAAUGCAGGCAAAAUUUGAAGAAAAAGGAAGCAGCCCAAAAGCGCAAGGAUGUGGGCAGCGAGGACGGUUUUAUGCACGACUCUACCCCCAACUCCAACUUUCACCUCACCGAGAAAUGUGAUGUCAAAGACGGUUUACAUAUCAACAGCCAAUUUUUACGCAAACGCCCAUCUCCUAUGAAGGGAAGUCCGCGUACCUCGAGCGGUCACUCCGAGAAAGACCCGGAUUCCCUGCGGACAUUUCUGAUCAAAGAAGAAUGCAUGGAGACAGAAGUAUAUGACAGUACUUCUGAAUCAGGUUCAGCAGUGAAAAAUGAGGCCAGUACAGACUUUGAGAUGGACCUGAAGUCUUGCCCUUACUGCCCUGCUGAGUUUCAGUCGGGCAUUAGUCUUUCCAACCACAUACGAGGGCAUUUGCACAGGGACAGGGUGAGUCUGGGCUGUAAUGAACGGCAUGGUGCAUCAAUGGCUCGGGUGACUUCCCCUAAUAAAGUGCCUCAGGUUCGGCGAAGAAUGACUGCAGUACCUCAAAUUAAAACAGAGAAGAACUUUUCAGAGUCUGAGCAGCUGACGAAGCUCACCUGUCCGCUGUGUAGGGAAUGGUUCGACACGAGAACCGGAUUGUCGAACCAUGUCCGGGGUCAUCUGAAGAGACUCCUCGGAAAGGCAUCUGCGGCUGCGAACAAAUCACCUGUAAAUGCACUUAAGGAACUGAUGCGUGACAAGAAGCAGUUCCACUUGAAAUUACAGUCUCUGGAAAGGAAAUGCCGUGCUUCAAAUCGAUUAUUUCCUUUUAGAAUAAGUAAUGGCCUCGUCUACUCCACUGCGAAAGUGCAGCGCUUUGCACAAAGUGGAAAACGACCUGGACAGAUUUCCUGUCACUCAGGAGAGGACAAGAAAAGGACAGAGAUUAAAGAUGUGAUGAAGGGAUCGCCGUCCAGUGAUCUGAUAGGAAUUUUGAAAAAGAGACGAGCUCAUGAAGAGGCUAAGGCCAAAACCUCGUUCCAGACAGCAAGGAAGGCUCUUCUUUUGUCACCAGUUAAAGAUCGUGGUCCAGCACUACAACAAUGUAAAGCACUGCCAAACUCAAUAUCAGAGAAAAUUGAACACAACAGAAAAGUCUGUGCUCACUGUAACACAACUUUCCACAGUGGAGUUAGCCUCUCCAAUCAUUUGCGGGCAUACGCACGUAGAAAAAGAAACGCACUUAUGGAAGGAACAACGUACGACUGUAAACAGAGGAAGCAGAGAUCAAAGAAAAAGACUUACCCAUUGCUACACACUUCAGAGGAAAUAUACAGACUCACGUGCAGGUUUUGUGAUCUAGUCUUCCAGGGCCCUCUGUCCGUGCAGGAGGACUGGGUGAAGCAUUUACAGAGACACAUAAUGAACACAGCUGUACCACGCACAGGCGCCGGCAUGGUGGAGGUGACCUGCUUCCCUAAGGAGCCCAGCUCAGACACAGACGCGCAGGCCAAGCCAUCCUCCUGAGCCCGGCAAACACAGCCGAUCUGUCAUUGGUCCGUGAAAUGUAAUGUAUUUGUAAAUGAUUUUACCUACUCCCCCCUCCCCUCCCACGAGUUUGUAUGAUUUUGAAUACCGAUGAAUUUGAAUUUUCACACUUAGACGCACAGCGACGUUCAGCCCUUAAACACGACUGUCUUUUUAUAUUGUUGCAUCGUCCUGGUAUUUUAUACGACUCAUUAAUAAUAGCGCUCAUGGUGGGUGAACGUUUCGAGAUUUCAACGGAGACCAACACCAAAAGACAACUGUUUACCUCAGACCUUCUCCAGGUGGGUUUUAUUUAAAGGAACUGCAAGUAGACUCUACAAAACCUGAAAUAACUGUAAGACUUUUAUCACGGUUCUUUUUCUUUUUAUCGAUUUCCAACCAAGUUAUACCUUUUUGUCCUCACACUUGUUGAUCAUAUAUGGUGCAAAUGUAUAGGAAAAAAAUAGUAGAUAUAUUUACUUAUUGAAUUUUUUGAUCCAUAACAUACAAUUUAUGUUGAACAGAACUGGCCUGUCACUAUUUAGAGACUUAAACCGAUUUCUAUAGUAUGCGUGUCACGACUUCAUUGCUACACCUUUCGGUUUUGGGUCGCCUCAUCCCGUCACCUCAUUUCGACUAUCAUACACAAACCUGAAGUGUAUAGUUUUGUCAUUUGUGCUGGAAAAAAAAAGAACCAUUAACUGUUACUUAUAUUUGCAGUUAUUUUUACUGUUAUUUUUGUUAUAAACAUUUUUAAAUAAUUUAUGUCAAUGUAAAUCUUGAACGAUUUUGUCGUGCAGAAUAAAAAAAGGUUCUGUCUCUUU